CUUUCUCCACCACAUUACAAUGCGCCAUCUCACGCUCAUCCGCCCCGCUCUCCAGCCCAUCGUGCCCCGCACCUUCGCCCGCACUUUAAUCACAACCCCUCCCCGCCUCCUCGCCACUCCCUCAAACGAUACCGGCCCUCAACAUGUCACCCCCGGCCCGCCCAAAUCUCCCAACCCUCUUGAUACAGCUACCCAGAGCGCCAUUAGCGCCCAAAAAUACCCAGACUACUCUACUGGCCCUUCUGCCAUUGACAAGGCCUCUCAGAUCUUGUUCUUGACCGAGAUUGUGAGGGGUAUGUGGGUUGUGCUUGAGCAAUUCUUCAGACCACCGUAUACUAUCAUGUAUCCCUUUGAGAAGGGACCUCUUUCAGCGAGGUUUAGAGGAGAACACGCUUUGAGACGGUACCCCAAUGGCGAGGAAAGGUGUAUUGCGUGCAAGUUAUGUGAAGCUAUCUGCCCGGCGCAGGCCAUCACCAUUGAAUCUGAGGCUCGUGAAGAUGGAUCUAGGAGGACUACCCGAUAUGAUAUUGAUAUGACAAAGUGCAUCUAUUGUGGUUUCUGCCAAGAAGCGUGCCCCGUUGACGCCAUUGUCGAGACACAAAACCAGGAAUUCUCUACCGAAACUCGAGAAGAGUUGUUGUACAACAAGGAGAAGCUUUUGUUGAAUGGUGACAGGGCGGAAGCGGAGAUUGCUGCCAACCUCCAGUCUGAGCACUACUACCGCUAGAUUAAUAAUACACAUUGCAUAUCAUUUAGGGUUUGGAGGACAGCAUGUGGGAGUGGGAUGUACAUGCGCAAUACCAUGGAUAUAAAAUGUAUCACAAUUACGCUCUACAAUUGUCGUGCUCGCAACGCGGUGUGAUUUCUAGGCGCAUGCGGUGAAGACGGAACACGGCAAAAGGUGAAAGGUAACAACAAGUUCCGGCGUCAAAUAUUUAUCACGUACACGAUCGGCACGUCAUCCUAUUGGGCGAAUCAGCUCGACCCUAUCGACCAAUCGCGUCAAACGCGAAUGGGAGGAAUUCCUUUUACUGACCACUCCCAAAAACCAGGUUUCGUGUCUUCUCUGUGCAUUUCAUGCAUGCUUGACUGACCACCUAGCGAUAUAUGAGCUAAUCCUUUGGCGGGUAUACAUUGCUUUUUCAAAAUACCCACUAUGCACACUGUCCGCGUAUACUUUGCUCCCGACCAUCCGCGGUUUCGCGUCUUUUUCGUCUGGAAUACUUUGCUGGAGCCUCAACCAUCCGGAAAACUGCUUUUUCAGCUUGUUUGGCGGUACCGACUGGCUAGGGUGGAGAUGGGAACAGGGAUGAGGGUCUGAUUCGGUGUAUGAUGGUGGAGCAGCGGCGUGUUGACCGCUUGCUGUAAGGGUGGAACCUGCGUUCAAAAAAUGAAAAGUAUACCAACUCUUUCCCCCGUCGAAAACGCUGGGGUUCAAGCAUGGCGGUAAUCCAGCUGGAUCCCUACCCAACACAGCCGUCUUUUCCGGCCUCGCAAGCUUGCUGCUUGUUCCUGUGACUUUUGCGCCCUCGCCCCCGCCCCCGCCUGACUGAGACGGGGACGGAAAAGAUGACGAGGAAUGGAAACUAGAAUAAGCAGGCAAAGAAGGGAGACUUUCGGAUGCAGACGAUCCAAGAGAUUCAGCUUGUUUUUGGAGUUCGGCCAAGGUGGGUACUUGAGGGAUGAUCCGUGGGCCGGCGAGGGUGGUGAGGGAAAGGGCUGUAAAGAGGGACGGCAUUUUUUAUCACCUCUUUUUCAGGUCCAGCGUCAGGACGUGGGAACUUGCUUUAUGUGAUUAAUAGUUGAUGACAGAACGGCUGUGUUCUUGACUAUGAUUGUUUUCCGUUCCAGAGUCAAGAGAGAAUUGAGAGACGUGGAAAGAUGAGUUUUACGAGCUCUUUUAACAAGAACAUCUCAUCGCACUGUCAGACCUGCGUGUUCUCAAAAAACUGUGCAAGGAGGUGUUGAGACAAGGGACCGGUCCUACGUAAUAUGCGUUGUCUCUUACAUAUCGGCAGCCUUACUUCAAAGGAUGGGCCAGCAAAUGAGUCGAGUAUCGUCAAUAAGCAAUAGUCUGCAACAACAACCACCCCCCAAAAGCUCCUCGUUACUCAAAGGACGACCAGAGAACAAGAUCUCAUUUCUAAAAUCGAUGAACGAUUUGGUAUAUAGAUGAAGAUGACCACUAGGGUGAUAAUCAAGAUAUGCAAGGUAUUGACGUUUUUAUACAACCCAAAAAGCAAACGAACAAAAUAUAAAGCAAGACGGCUUCCCUUUCUCUUCACAAAACUACGAAUCUAAUAAUCUGGCAUCUCUCUCAUAACCAACCUCUCAAAAUCCUUUUCUCUCCACCCAUCACUUUCAAUCAUCCCAAACAACUUUCCUUCAUCCAGCCCAAACGCAGUCAACGUCCCAUCAAUCCCUUCCUGCACAAACGUCUCCCCUCUCAACUUUGCUCGCUCCCUCUCCCUCUGAAGAAUCGCCAACGACGCCGGAUUAUGUCCCUCCAGCACGGAGAGCACUUCUUGUUUAUCGGGGUAGUACAGCCUCGGCUCUAGGUACCCAAAGAUUGCCAAUGCUGCUCGAAACACAAACCCAUCACCGUCCAACAUGAUCUGGUCCCAUAACCGGCAACUAGACUCAAACCCGACUUGCUCGACUAGUAGGCUGCGGAACCAGUUUUCGGGGACGCCGACGCCGAGGGCUUUACAGUUGGCGUAGAUUUUGGGGUAUCGGUCCGCCUGGAGGUUUUCGAGGAUACGGUAGUAGGCGG